AUGAACUUCGAACUUCCCAAAGAUGUGCGAGAUUACCUAAAACGACUUGACACUUUCAUCAACGACGCCAUUCUUCCUUUACAACACGAAAAUGAUAACAACCGCUUCUUCGACCAUCGUCGCGAGGCCUCACGUACUCAAUGGAACAACCAAGGCUUGCCGACUGAAGACUGGGAGGCGUUACUUGACAAAGCCAAGAGGAUCGCCGACAAGGCAGGAUUUUUUCGCUUUGCAUGUCCGAAGGAGUAUGGCGGCUCAGGUGUCGAAACACUGAAUUUAUACAUGUGUGCCGUGCGAUACCACCUUGCAUCUCACCCUGUGUAUGGAGGAGGCGUGAGCUUGGCGAACGAUCUUCAAAGCGAGCAUAGCAUCGUCGGCAACAUGCCAUUCAUCAUCAUGUUACAUCAUUACGGUACUGCGGAACAGAAAAAGAAACUGAUUCCUGCGAGCAUCAAAGGCGAGUUGAGGGCGACAUUCGGACUCACCGAAAUUCAUCACGGCUCUGAUGCUACGCAUAUGGACACGACAGCCCAUGCAACCAAACUGCCAAGCGGCGAACCGGGCUUUUUGAUUAAUGGCAAUAAGAAGUGGCAAACAGGGAUGCACACCGCAAAUCACUGUCUGGUUUUCGCCCGAACCUCCGGCAAGGCUGGGGAUGCGCGGGGCAUCACAGCUUUUCUAGUGCCUCGCGCAACACCCGGAGUUACCGUCGCCUCCUUCGAGUGGACGUUGAACAUGCCUACCGACCAUGCCACAGUGAUAUUCGAAAACGUUUUGGUCCCGGCCACAUGCAUUCUUGGGCCACUUGACAACGGCCUGGCGGUCGCGCAGACUUUCACCCACGAGAACAGGAUCCGGCAGGCAGCGUCAAGUUGCGGGGCUGCGCGAUACUGCAUUGAUCGGAGUAUUGAACACGCAAACCGUCGAAAGGUCUUUGGGAAGCCAUUAUCGGCCAACCAAGCUAUCCAGUGGCCCCUCGUGGAACUUUCGACUCAAGCGGAGAUGCUCAGACUUCUCAUCCUGCGGACGGCAGUGGAGAUGGACCAAGUCAACACCGAGGCCACGGCGGCAGGGAAGGCCCCCUGGGUUGCCAUUGAAACACAGCUCGGUCACAAGAUUGCAAUGUGCAACUACGUUGCGAAUCGUUUGGCGUGCGACUCAGCCGAUCGGGCCAUUCAGAUCCAUGGUGGGGAUGGAUAUUCGCGACAUUUGCCCUUCGAACACAUAUGGAGGCAUUUCAGACGAUACCGAAUAACCGAAGGAAGCGAAGAAGUUCAAAUGCGGAAGGUGGCAGCUUAUUUGUUCGGAUACAAGACGGCAAGUCCAGAUGAUGCGAGUAAGCGGGGACCAAAGUUGUGA